UUAAAUAUUACCUCCAGUUCCAUCCUCGGCAUCGUUCAGUUCAGUUUAAGUGGUCUACCAGUGCGGCGAACCAUCUUCAACGAUCAACCUUAACUCCAACCAACAGAACCAAUUUUCCACACGUCAACUUCCAAGCGAACCAGUUUGGAUCUUCUCCGAGUACAGCGCGUCCAGACUUCGUCUGUUCUGUGAUACAUCCAAAGCUAGCCGGAAAGUCCGGAGUAGUUCCAAAGGGGCACCUUGCCUUGCCGAAAAAAAAGUUAUACCAAAAAAAGUGAUAUUUCCUGUUCCAGUUUUCGAAACUACUAAACCAAAUCAAGCACGGUGCAGACCGAACAUCGUCACACGAGCUUAUCUCCCUCACCCUCAGAAUCACUGUCAGCUCCGGCACCGCCAUGGCACCAACCAUCCACAAGGAGGAUAAUUUCUCCACCACGAAUCUCAAGUGGAAGAUGACUCUCGUCCAACCAUCCGGAGAACUGAGCGCCAAGAUCAAGGAGGAGCUGCGCGAGCCAGCGAAUCCUGCCGACAUUGAGCGCGACAUCGGAAUCAUCCGUGAAUGGCUCGGCAAGCAGCCGCAUCUGCCAAAGGAUAUGGACGAUGCACGUCUGCGUACCUUCCUGCGGGGUUGCAAGUUCAGCAUCGAACGCGUCAAGCAGAAGCUGGACAUGUACUACACCAUGCGUAAUGCCGUGCCGGAGUUCUUCACCGACCGUGACGUGAACCGUCCGGAGAUGGCCGAGAUUCUGAACGUAGUUCACAUGCCACCGCUACCAGGACUGACCCCAGCCGGUUGCCGUGUGGUGAUGCUCCGCGGUACCGACAAGGACAUCACCACCCCGAACGUCAUCGAAUCGAUGAAGCUAACGCUGAUGAUCGGUGAUAUUCGGCUUGCCGAGGAAUCGGUCGGUGUUGCCGGCGAUGUUUACAUCCUGGAUGCCAGCGUGGCCACCCCAACGCACUUCGCCAAAUUCACUCCCACACUGGUCAAGAAGUUCCUCAUCUGUGUUCAGGAGGCCUAUCCAGUUAAACUGAAGGAAGUGCACGUAGUCAAUGUUUCGCCGAUCGUCGAUACCAUUGUCAACUUUGUCAAACCCUUCCUGAAGGAGAAGAUCCGUGAGCGUAUCCACAUCCACAGCAGCAUGGAAGAUCUGUACAAGUUUGUACCGAAGUCGAUGCUGCCGACCGAGUACGGCGGCGAUGCCGGAGCGAUCAAGGACCUGAACGAGCAAUGGCGCGGCAAGUUGGCCGAAUACACCGCCUGGUUCAAGGAACAGGAACCCAGCAAGGCCAACGAAUCACUCAGACCGGGCGCCCCCAAGACCGCCGAUGAGCUGUUCGGUAUGGACGGAACCUUCAGACAGCUGACCAUCGAUUAGACGAAGCAGCCGUCAAUCUGACCAUCCACCGAACAUCGCCCAUAAUCCCUUCCCAAAAAACAUGCAUUCCAAAAAAAAAAAAGUAAUAACCCAGCAAUCCCAAAUAAUCCCUUCAUGUCUAAACGUUUCACCAGUUCCAUUUCCAUUCCUAAACCAAAUUACUUAAAUUACAAUAGGACGCUCAAAAUACCGCGCAGUUAGAAUCAAUAUUCUCAUCUUCCAUUCAACCUAGAAUGGUUCGAGCCCGAUUACCGAAGGCAGUUCGAACUGUUCGUGACCCCAAACCAAAUUUUGCUCAAAAAUUGAUUGAUAUUCUUUUCGAUUGUUUGGAAAGCGGUGGUCACCUCACGAACACGGGGUUGACCACACAGUAGAUUUCAGGACCCUUGGUCCACAUCAUUUCGGGGGCAUCCGUACAUUUGGUCUCGGAUAGCGCUGUAUAGAUAAUAAUGCAUAAAUAUUUUGUUAUGUUUUUGUGUAGUGUGCCCAGUUCUACAGCUUGAUCUUUAUUUGCAUGCAUCCAGUCAUCAUUGUGUCCGAAAGGGGAAAAAAACCUAAAACAUAUCAUACUGAGAAUUGAGAUUCUGUAACUCAUCGAGAAAAAAAAACAAACUAUCUAGAGCAGUCAGUUUUUGUUGUACCAGUUUUGUUUUAUAUUUUGUACGUAUUUGCUAUUAAAGACUUUCUUGUUUAAAAGGAACUAAAA